AUGUCAGAUGACUCAGAUCAGGGAGACUACGCGCCUGAAUCUCCCGUCUUGUCCCAGUCGGAGGAAGAAUAUGACGACCGGCCACUGAAUGGGUUGCGCAUCGAGAAGGCACCAUUUGGACUGGAGAAAAUCUGGGAUUACGAGCCUGGUGGCCAUCAUGUUGUUCAUCUUGGGGAUCACCUAGGUCGAGAAGGCGAAUAUCGGGUUAUUCACAAGCUAGGUAGCGGGGGGUUCGCCAAUGUGUGGUUGUGUCAAGUCCUGCGCAAUGAAAUACCCCAAUAUGUGGCUCUUAAGGUUCUUAUGGCGGAUUAUUCCAAAGACGACUGCCCGGAGCUUCGCGUGGAACGGCUUCGAGAAGUCGGAUUGGAAAAUCACAUCUGCCUUCCGUUUGAUCAAUUUCGGAUUGAAGGGCCAAAGGGGUCACACCUCUGCUUUGUUUAUCCAGUGGCUGGACCGCGGGUCUCUCUCAUAGCCCAGCAAUUCGAAGACCCAGACAGAAGUUUGCGGAAAAUAGCUCGACAAGCUACGGAAGCCAUGGCCGCAUUGCAUAGUCAUGGCAUAUGCCAUGGAGACUUCACGCCGUCGAACAUUCUCCUAAAGGUCGUGGGCCUUGACGGAUUGCCAGAGGAUGAAGUACUCAAAAUCCUGGGAGACCCCGUCAAGGUAGAAGUUUUCACUGAAUCAGGGGAGACUCCCUCCGACCCUACCGCACCCAAAUAUCUCGUCCGUCCGGCUAAUUUUCGCAACGUUCCGCUGCCGUACAUCGUAGAUCAGAUCCUUGUGAUCGACUUUGGGGAGGCUUACGAUGUCACAAACCCACCAGAGGAGCUUGGUAUCCCCGAGAGUUAUCGGCCUCCCGAACUCCUCUUAGAGAAUACACCGGGAGCUGGAUGUGACCUUUGGGCACUCGGCUGCACCCUCUUCGAGAUACGAACGGGUAGAAAACUCUUCGACAUGUUCGAUGACGAUAUUGAUAGCCACCUCUUCUACAUGGUUACGAUGCUUGGUGCAUUGCCAGAACCAUGGUGGUCUACUGCUUGGAAGCGCAGGAAGGAGUUUUUCAAAGAUGAACCGGACUCCCUCGGCCGAGCGGUCAUGGUUGACGCACUGUCCAAGAGACAAUCGGACAGACUGUCUGAGCGCCGUUCAAUAGAGUGGGCUCUACGACGAGGGUUGCAUUAUCGUGACUUAGGGCCAGGGGAAGAGUUUCGCAGAGAGAUACCCCCCGAAGAGGUUGAGCAAUUAGCGGGUCUGUUGAAGAAGAUUCUACAGUAUGAGCCUAGCCACCGGUUGACUGCGGCAGAAGCGCUAGAACAUGAAUGGUUUCGUAUGUGA